AUGGCCGAGUCGGGGAGCAGCAAGCGCAAGCGCGACGAGAGCCAUGAGCGCAAGCUGCCGCUGACCAAGGAGCGCCGCACCAAGGUCCGCCAGGAGCACAUGGAGGAGGAGUUCGCCGAGACGUACCACGGGCUCACGGCGCUCUACAAGCUGCUGGAGGUCAAGCACCUGCAGAGCCCCCUGUUCCUGCCGCGCACGCUCAGCUACCGCCUGGACCCGGCGUGGCAGCAGAAGGACAAGGCGGAGGUGAAAGGAGAGGGGAAGACGCAGCCGCAGACGGCGCAGGCGGGCGCCAAGCUCGCGGACUUCAAGAUCGGCAUGACGCCCGACACCAUGGAGGCCUUCAAGAGCCAGAAGCAGCGGCCAGGCGUGCUCAUCUCGGUGUUCUCAGCUGCUGGAAAGAAGUUCGACGACAACCAGUUCACGCUGCUGGCCACGUGCUUGAUCCCCGUCCCGUUCUCCAAGGACGUGCUGCUGCCCGAGCAGUUCUUGCACCCGAACGCGGAUAUCGUCGUGCUGGCCUUCCAGGUGGUGGAGAUCAGUGACGUUGGCGAAGAGCUUGCAGCGCAGUCGGCGUUUACGUUUGCAGCGCCGUCGACAGCGACUGCUGUGAGUGGGAAGGACUUGCUGACGACGGCGGUGAACGGCCGCUCGCCCCUGUUCGGCAACAUCACGCGGCUUAACGUGUCGCGACGUCGGGUGGGCUACGUCAGCAUUGAGCUGCCGGCCAUCGCGUCCUCGGUGCAUGGUGGCGUCAAGUGCGAGUUCCGUCUUACUUGGGAUCCUCUGCCCAAGACGAAAAAGAUGCAGCGUCUCGCGAAGAUCUGUGAGGCGAAGUUGAAGGUCGAGGGUGAUGACAAUCAAAACGUCGAGAGUUUUACGCUGGCGGUCCCGAAACGAGACAUCGCGAGCGCGGAGCGUAAACCGUGCGCAGGGGUUUGGUUCCACUUCCUCUAUCACUCAAUGCUUCGUCGAAUGAGCGAAAAACGCUCCGAAUACUCAUGUGCAUGGUGUAACAUGUUCGCUGGGUCGCUUCGUGGUCUUGUGGCGCACCUUGUGUCCUCGCACGACCGCUUCCGCUUCCAAGCUACGGUUGGGCAUGACAACAUCCCGCACAUCUAUGUGAUGGUGAUGCAGGAGCACCAGCCGCACAAGGGAAGUCCUGGACGCCGCUCUGCUUUCUCUGAGCUUGAGAUGUUCCCGAAUGAGGAGCCUAGUCGAUUUGAGCACCACUUUACGCACGUGUCCGGAAAGAAGUACGGCCCGCAUGGCUCGCAAGGUGUGGAGGCUGUCGAGGGUCUGAUGCAAGAAUUCGAUGAGAUGGAGAUCUCCCAAGAUCAACCGCAGGAGUUUUAUGCACCGCUUCUUCAGCGCCAGUACUUCCACUCUCGAACAGGAGCUGUGGUGUUGGACCACGAAAAAGAUUAUGACAGUGACGACGAUGUGGACGAAACUUGGAUCACGAAGCAAAGCGAAAAGUUACUGGACGAGUUUGAAGACGUGUCGCUGGAAGAGAAGGAGUUCAUGAAGAAGUGGAACCGCCACGUCAAGGAAUUUAAAAUUCUGGCGGAUUUUAUGGUUGCGUCCUCUUGCCGCAAGUUUGCUCGGGACCACGGAAAGUGGCUCUUGGAUCACGGGCUGCGCCACAACUUUUUGCUCCAUUUGCUUAAUUUAUGGGACAACUCGUUGUUAAACUCGCGCGCGAUCAUUGACUGCAUGCUGAUUGUCGACCAGUACAAGGAACCUGAGGCGGCACCAGAGAGCGACGCGAAAGUUGAAACCCAAGCGAAAUCGGAGACGGAGCAGGCGAAAGGUGAACCUGAACAGGCGAAAGUGGAGGCACAAGCAAGCACAGCCCAGUAA